GUCCCUGCGCUGGCGCCGUACCAGUGGUGCUCGCCGCCGCUGCCCCGUGGCUGCCGUGACAACAGGGGGAGCCGGCCCGGCCGGCGCAGUGAUUCGGGCGGCCCGCCCGUCGUGACGGUAGCAUGCAUUAGCGCCGGAGGCGGGGAUGUGGCCUGUCCCCUAGCCGGCAGCCGGGAGGGCCAGCCCUGGGCCGGGGCAGGGAUGCGCCAUGGCUUCGGUGAAGGUGGCUGUCCGAGUCCGGCCGCUGAACCGCAGGGAAAAGGACCUGGAUGCUAAAUUUAUUAUUUCAAUGGAAAAAAAUAAAACAACGAUCACAAAUAUAAAGAUACCAGAAGGAGGAACUGGUGACCUAGGAAGAGAACGGACGAAAACAUUUACCUACGACUUCUCUUAUUUCUCAGCAGAUAGUAAAAGUCCUACCUAUGUGUCUCAAGAAGUGGUUUUCAGAAAUCUUGGCACAGAUGUUCUUGCAUCUGCUUUUGAAGGUUAUAAUGCUUGUAUUUUUGCAUAUGGACAGACUGGAUCUGGGAAGUCCUACACUAUGAUGGGAAAUGCUGGUGAUGCUGGUUUAAUACCUAGAAUUUGUGAAGGAUUAUUUAACAGAAUAAAUGAAAAAAUAAGAUGGAAUGAAGCAUCCUUUCGAACAGAAGUCAGUUAUCUGGAAAUCUAUAAUGAACGUGUGAGAGAUCUGCUGAGGCGGAAAUCAUCAAAAACGUAUAAUUUAAGAAUACGAGAGCAUCCGAAAGAAGGGCCUUAUGUUGAGGAUUUGUCCAAACAUUUAGUACAAAAUUACAGCGAUGUAGAGGAACUUAUGGAAGCAGGAAACAUAAAUCGAACCACUGCUGCAACUGGAAUGAAUGAUGUUAGCAGCAGGUCUCAUGCCAUUUUCACGAUCAACUUCACUCAGGCUAAAUUUGAUGCUGAAAUGCCUUGUGAGACUGUUAGCAAGAUCCAUUUGGUAGAUCUUGCUGGAAGUGAGAGAGCAGAUGCCACCGGUGCUACAGGGGUUAGAUUAAAGGAAGGAGGGAAUAUUAACAAAUCUCUAGUUACUCUGGGAAAUGUCAUUUCUGCCUUAGCUGAUUUAUCUCAGGAUGCAACAAAUCCUCUUGCAAAGAAGAAGCAAGUAUUUGUGCCUUACAGGGACUCUGUGUUGACUUGGCUGUUGAAAGAUAGCCUAGGAGGAAACUCUAAAACGAUAAUGAUUGCCACUAUUUCACCUGCUGAUGUCAAUUAUGGAGAAACCUUAAGUACACUUCGCUAUGCAAAUAGAGCCAAAAACAUCAUCAACAAGCCUACUAUUAAUGAGGAUCCUAACGUCAAACUAAUUCGUGAGCUGAGAGCUGAAAUAGCCCGAUUAAAAACCUUGCUUGCUCAAGGGAAUCAGAUUGCACUCUUGGAUUCUCCAACAGCUUUAAGUAUGGAGGAGAAGCUUCAGCAGAAUGAAGCAAGAGUACAAGAGCUGACCAAAGAGUGGACAAACAAGUGGAAUGAAACCCAAAAUAUUUUAAAAGAACAAACCUUAGCCCUUAGGAAAGAAGGAAUUGGUGUCGUUUUAGAUUCGGAACUGCCUCACCUCAUUGGCAUUGAUGAUGAUCUUCUCAGUACUGGGAUCAUCUUGUAUCACUUGAAGGAGGGCCAAACGUAUGUCGGCAGAGAAGAUGCUGCCACAGAACAGAAUAUUGUUCUUCAUGGCGUUGAUUUGGAAAGUGAGCACUGCGUGUUUGAAAAUCUCAGCGGUACAGUGAAUUUAAUACCACUGAAUGGAGCACAGUGUUCUGUGAAUGGAAUUCAGAUUACAGAGGCCACCCAACUAAACCAAGGUGCUGUUAUAUUACUUGGGAGAACCAAUAUGUUUCGCUUUAAUCAUCCCAAGGAAGCUGCCAAACUGAGGGAAAAAAGAAAGAGUGGACUACUGUCUUCCUUCAGUUUAUCUAUGACAGAUCUUUCAAAAUCUUGUGAGAACCUCUCAGCUGUCAUGCUUUAUAAUCCAGGUCUGUUCCCUGUAAAAGGACCAAUCUGUCUAAGACUAGAAUUUGAGAGACAACAACGAGAGGAACUAGAAAAAUUAGAAAGUAAAAGGAAGCUGAUAGAAGAAAUGGAAGAAAAACAAAAAUCUGACAAGGCAGAACUAGAAAGAAUGCAGCAAGAGGUGGAGUCACAGCGCAAGGAAACAGAAAUAGUACAACUAGAAAUACGAAAACAGGAAGAGAGCCUGAAACGGCGAAGCGUUCACAUUGAAAGCAGGUUAAAAGACUUGCUGGCUGAAAAAGAGAAAUUUGAAGAAGAAAGACUACGGGAACAGCAGGAGAUAGAACUUCAGAAAACGAAACAACAGGAAGAAAUUUUUGCUCGAGUUAAAGAAGAACUGCAACGCUUGCAAGAACUUAAUAAUAAUGAAAAAGUUGAGAAAAUGCAGAUUUUUAGAGAACUAGAAAAACUUAAAAAGGAAAAAGAUGAACAGUACAUCAAGCUGGAAUUUGAAAAAAAGAGGCUCGAAGAACAAGAAAGGGAGCAAGUGAUGCAAGUGGCUCACCUAGAAGGACAGCUUCGAGAGAAACAGGUCAUGAUACAGCUACUCAAAAGAGGGGAUGUGCAAAGGGUUGAAGAAGAGAAAAGAGAACUUGAAGAUAUUAGAGAAUCUCUCUUGAGGGUCAAGGAAGCUAAAUCUGAAGGUGACGAAGACAGUGAAGAAUUAGAAAAAGCACAGCAUAAUUUCAUGGAUUUUAAAAGAAAGCAAUUAGAACAGUUAACUAUUUUGGAGAAAGACUUAUUUCAACAAAGGGAUCAUCUAGAAAAGGAAGUAGCAGAUGAACAUGAAGCUCUGGACCGUUUAAAAUAUGCACACAAAGAACGGUUAAACCUCCUCAAGAAAGAUGAUGAAAACAUUGUGGAUGCUGCACUGAUGGUUGAAGAAUUUGACAAAAUAAAGCCAGCAGAAUACAGGCUACAGUAUAAAGAGCGCCAGCUUCAAUACCUGAUGCAUAAUCACUUGCCAGCUUUGUUGGAAGAAAAACAGAGAGCUUCUGAAGUCCUUGAUAGAGGUCUGCUAGGGUUAGACAAUACUCUUUAUCAAGUUGAGAAAGAAAUGGAAGAAAAAGAAGAACAGCUUGUGCAAUAUAGAGUCAGCACUAACCAGCUGCAGCAACUCCAAGAAACAUUUGAAUUUACAGCCAACGUAGCUCGUCAAGAGGAAAAAGUUCGGAAAAAAGAAAAAGAAAUUCUUGAAUCAAGGGAAAAACAGCAGAGAGAGGCACUGGAGCAAGCAGUAGCUAAGUUGGAAAGGAGACACUCUGCUUUGCAGCGUCGUUCCACAAUAGAUGUUGAAAUUGAAGAGCAAAAACAAAAACUUGCAAUUCUGAACAGCAGCUGCAGUGAACAGGCAGGUCUGCAGGCUAGUCUAGAAGCUGAACAAAAAGCCCUGGAACAGGAUAGAGAAAGACUGGACCAGGAAAUUCAACAGUUGAAGCAGAAGAUAUAUGAAGGUGAUGGUGUACAAAAAGGGUAUCAUGGAACAGUAGAGGACAGACUCCCUCUCACCAAUUCCCCUACCAGCCCUGCAAAGUCACAGACUCAUUUUAUCCCACUGGUUGAUGACAGAAUAAAUGCAUUAAUUGAAGAAGAAGUGCAAAGGCGUCUUCAGAAUAUUCACCACACAUCUGAAAAUAACAGUAUGGGCCGAUCUCAGCCUACAGAAAUUCUAAAGGAUAAUGAAACACUUCAUAAUGGUACUGUUCAACGGAAGUUGAAGUAUGAGCGGAUGGUCUGUCGCUCUCUGGGAGCAAAUCCAGAUGACCUAAAGGACCCAAUUAAAAUUAGCAUUCCACGCUAUGUCCUUUGUGGGCAGGGAAAAGAUGAGCACUAUGAGUUUGAAAUAAAGAUAACAGUCCUGGAUGAGACCUGGACAGUAUUCAGGCGGUACAGUCGUUUUCGAGAAAUGCAUAAAACUUUAAAGUUAAAAUACCCAGAGCUUGCAACUUUAGAAUUCCCUCCAAAGAAGCUGUUCGGAAACAAGGAUGAAAGAGUGAUCGCGGAACGGCGGAGUCACUUAGAGAAAUACCUCAGGAACUUUUUCUGCAUGAUGCUCAAGUCUCCAUCAUCUCCAUUACACAUCGAUAAAGUGGGACCAAUCCUGUCAAAACACACCAUCUGUGAGUUCUCACCAUUCUUCAAGAAAGGAGUGUUUGACUACAGCAGCCAUGGGACCGGCUAACUAUGUGCCCAGGACUCUUUGCCAGUGGAGCAGAAUCCAAAGCUGUGCCUUCCAUUCUGUGGUGUCAGAAAAAUGCAAAUAAAGACUCAAUCUCCAUGCCUGAAAAUUUCCAUCUGAAAUUUUGCCAGUUAAAAACAGAUAUGCAACAAUGCUGACCUUCAUCCUUUAGCGGUUGUCGUAUUUAGUGCCUGCAUUUUCUUGGCAUGGAAUAUACAAACAUUUGUUAGCGCUAGUUGCUCUGGUAAUGAUGUACAAAAAUUCUAAUUCUCAUGCUGUGUUGGGAUCCACUCAUUAGUGAAAGUGCUUCCUUUACAUUUGCUCAGACAAUUCAUUAUAGUACUGCAAGAUUAUCUCCUGUUUACUGUGGUUAUGUAGUCAUAAGGGGAGUUUUUCUAAUGUUCAGUUUCCACCAAGCUGUUUCUUAAGAUUAUUUCCUGUUUUUCAUUUCCCCUUAACAUAGUGUGGCAUUUGAGAUGAUACUCACGCUCCAUUGGUAUUUAUUUAUCCCAAGAAGCACAGUUUAACUAUUUGAUUGUACAGUGUUCCUUAUAAGAAUCAAAGGACCUGUGACUUGAACAUUUACAAAAUAUGUACUGCAGAGGAUUUUAAUUCAAACUCUGUAAAAGUCUUCCACGCUUGAUUAUACAGAUGCCGAAUGAAUCACUUGCCAUUAAUUAAAAGAAAGGAAACAAUAGUUAUUCAAGAAUGAGGUCAGCAUCUUUUCUCAUUGUCUAAUGACCCGGAAUGUAACUGUAUAUUGUGCACUUUACAGAGCUCUCAGCAAUGCACAGAACUAAGGUAAAAUGCUAUAUAUUUUGGAAUAGAUGGUUUCUUCACAGUAGAGUAACACCUAUCUGAAUUUUAGUUGCACAAAUUAGAAUUUACGAGGUUUUACUCAUACUUUAAAAUUACUCAGGACUUGUUUAGAAUUGCACAUGUAUAUACAGUAUAGUAUCCAUUUUGUAUUACUAUGGAACAAAAAACCAACAAUAUUAACUGGAAUGAGGACAUGUACAGGUUAUAUAUAAUAGAUUGUGUAAAAAGUAGAGCUGUCAAGUGAUUAAAAAUGUAUCACAAUUAAUCACACUGUUAACAACAGAAUACCAUUUAUUGAAAUAUUUGUGGAUGUUUUCUACAUUUUCAAAUAUAUUGAUUUCAAUUACAACACAGAAUACAAAGUGUACUGUGUUCACUUAAUUUAUUACAAAUAUUUGCACUGUAAAAAACACAAUAAAUGGUAUUUUUCAGUUCAUCUCAUACAAGUAGUGUACUGCAGUCUCUUCAUCAUGAAAGUUGAAAUUACAAAUGUAGAAUUAUGUACGAAAAAUAACCGCAUUCAAAAAUAAAAUAAUGUAAAACUUUAGAGCCUACAAGUCCACUCCUACUUCAACCAAUCACUCAGACAAACAAGUUUGGUUACAAUUUUCAGGAGAUACUGCUGCCUGCUUCUUGUUCACAAUGUCACCUGAAAGUGAGAACAGGCGUUCACAUGGCACUGUUGUAACAGGCGUCGCAAGAUAUUUACGUGCCAGAUGCGCUAAAGAUUCAUAUGUCCCUUCAUGCUUCAACCAUCAUUCCCGUAAAUAUAAACAAACUUGUUUGUCUUAGCGAUUGGCUGAACAAGAAGUAGGACUGAGUGGACUUGUAGACUCUAACAUUUUACCUUGUUUGGGUUUUGAGUGCAGUUAUGUAACAAAAAAAAAUCUACAUUUGUAAGUUACACUUUCAUGAUAAAGAGAUUGCACUACACUACUUAUAUGAGAUGAAUUGAAAAAUACUGUUUCUUUUGUUUAGAUUUUUGAAGUGCAAAUCAUAGAAUAUCAGGGUUGGAAGGGACCUCAGGAGGUCAUCUAGUCCAACCCCCUGCUCAAAGCAGGACCAAUCUCCAAUUUUUGCUCCAGAUCCCAAACGGCCCCCUCAAGGAUUGAACUCACAACCCUGGGUUUAGCAGGCCAAUGCUCAAACCACUGAGCUAUCCCUCCCCCCAAAUAUUUGUAAUAAAAAAUGACAGUGAGCACUGUACAUUUUGUAUUCUGUGUUGCAUAAGAAAUCAAUAUAUUUGUAAAUGUAGAAAAACAUCCCAAAAUAUGUAAUGAAUUUCAGUUGGUAUUCUAUAGUUUAACAGUGCAAUUGAUCACGGUUACUUUUUUUGAGUUAAUCGAGUGAGUUAAUUGCGCUUAAUCGAGAGCCCUAGUAAAAAGCAGACUCAAACAACUUUCAGAUAUUAAAAUGUGUCAUAAAAUAGGUUUUCAUGCUCACUUCCAUGACUAUAAAAAGUGCCAUCUGGUUAAUCAGAACUACAAUAUGAGUUUCCAUAUGUUAGGUCAUGGAAUCAUAGAAUAUCAGGGUUGGAAGGGACCUCAGGAGGUCAUCUAGUCCAACCCCCUGCUCAAAGCAGGACUUAUCCCCAACUAAAUCAUCUCAGCUAGGGCUUUGUCAAGACUGACCUUAAAAACCUCUAAGGAAGGAGAUUCCACCACCUCCCUAGGUAACACAUUCCAGUGCUUCACCACCCUCCUAGUGGAAAAGUUUUUCCUAAUAUCCAAUCUAAACCUCCCCCACUGCAACUUGAGACCAUUACUCCUUGUUCUGUCAUCUGCUACCACUGAGAGCAGUCUAGAUCCAUCCUCUUUGGAACCCCCUUUCAGGGAGUUGAAAGCAGCUAUCAAAUCCCCCCUCAUUCUUCUCUUCCGCAGACUAAACAAUCCCAGUUCCCUCAGCCGCUCCUCAUAAAUCAUGUGUUCCAGUCCCCUAAUCACUUUUGUUGCCCUCCGCUGGACGCUUUCCAAUUUUUCCACAUCCUCCUUGUAGUGUAGGUCAAAUUAGCCAUUCUACUUUAUAUUGUGUGAAAUGGUCGUACAAUUAAACCUGGCCUGACAAAGUUGACAAUGUGUAUUUGACAGUCCAAAUUGUGACAACAUUAGCAUUAUAAAUACAAGGAGAAAAAGUGAAGACUACACAUUUGUAUUCAAUGAUUGUGACAGUUCCUAUUUUAGAAACCUUGCAAACUUAAAAGAUUAUGUGAAUAAAUAGAAUUGUUCUAAUAAGAUGCACAUCUAUUAGUGCAUAUUCCAGUUAGUAAAUAUGAGCAUUAGGGUUAAAUUUUUAAAAGCACCUAAGUGAUUCAGAGACUUAAGUCCCAUUUUUAAAAGCGACUUAGGAGCCUAAAGGUAUGUCUACAUUGCAAAUGGAAAAGUGGAAGUGAGUUUGAGCCCAGGUCAAGUGACUCUGGCUUGCACUACAGAGCUAAAAACAGCUGUGUAGACAUUCCCGCUUGGGUUGGAGCCUGGACUCUGACACCUGCUGAGGGGAAUUGGUCAACGAGCCCAGAUUCCAGCCCAAAUGGGAAUGUCUACAGUGCUAUUUUUAGCCCUAUAGCGCAAGCCCCACACCCUAGUCAGUUAACAGGGCUUUGAUAGCCACUGCUACAGGUGGUGGUUUGUUUUCUUUGUGAAGUAUAGAUAUACCAUAAGUCUUACUGAAAGUCAAGAGGAUUUAGGAACCUGUCACAUUUGAAAAUGGCACCUAGGUCUCUAAAUCAUUUAGCUGCUUUUGAAAAUUUUACCCUAAAGCUCAUUGCAAAAGGAAGACAUUUUUUUUCUUCUUUGCAAUAAAAUAUUAUUUUAUAGGCAGUUUCUGUAAAAUAAUUUAAACAAGGUGGUUUUAAAAUAGAAUAUACUUUACUGCAUGCCAUUUAUAUGAAAGAAGCUGAUGUACCAAAGAACCCUUUUUACUUGCUUUAUUAUACCAGUUUCUGCAAACUUACUGCACAGAUUACCUGUAGUGCUCUUUAGGUUCAUCAAAGUGCUUUCCCUUUAAAAAUAGCAAUGAAGACGUACUUCUCAGGCCUUCCUGGGUGCAAUUGUGAUGGGCCACGCACAAAAUAUAUGCCUAUUGCAAGAGCUGGAGAGAUGCCCAUAGGUAAGUCACAUGUUUCACAUCAUUUUAGAUUUUGAAAACUAUGUAAAAACAAGAAUCACUUAUGGAAUACUGUCAUACCAAAAUCUGAAUUAAAAAACUUGGCGAUAUUCCAAUACAGACCCAAAUUAGUGCAUAUAGAGCCAGACUCUCAACAGAUCUACAGCUGUGUCAGUAGAGUGAUGCUGAUUUACACCAGCUAGGGAUCUGGCCCAUAGCGUUGAAUGUGCGUAACAAACAUAACAGAAUAAAAACUAACCACAUACUUGUUUUUAAUUUCAAAAUAUGUCAUCAGUUUGGAAGCUAUAUGAGUAAAUGUGGUGGUGUUAAAAGGCAUAAUGAGACCAGUGGUUGGAAACUGAAGCAAGACCAAUCCAAACUAGAAAUAAGGCACAGAUUUUUAACAGUAAGGCUAAUUAACCAUUAGAAUAACUUACCCAGGGAUUUGGUGGAUUCUCCAUCACUUAGUCUUUAAAUCCAGACUGGGUAUCUUUCCAAAAUAGAGGCUAUAUCUCAUAAAAGUUGUGACAGAAUCUGCAGUUUCUAUGGUCCGUGUUAUGCAGGAGGUCAGACUAGAUGAUCAUAGUGGUCCCUUUGGCCCUAUAAUCCAUGAAUCUGUUCUCUGUGGAUAGUGAUGUAAGUUUCAAAACCACUGGGGGACGGGGGGAGCUAAGGUCCUUAUUAAAGGAAAGGAAUGGCACUAUGUUUUCACUGCCUGGACAAUUAAGCAUUCAGGCCCAGAUUCAGCAACCACUGAAGCAGACAUUUAACUUUGAUCACAUGAGUAAUCUAUUGACUUCAGUGGGUCUACUUACAUGCUUUAAGCAAAGUGCGUUUAAGUGCUUUACUGAAUCGGGGCCCUACUUUUGACACUGGUUAAUUGAAGUUGUGUGCCUCCAUUCAAUGCAUUGUACUACAAGGAAUCACAUCCUGGCCAACACGACAGACACUUUGUGCCAGCAGGGCUGCACAAAGGGGCCGCAAAGAUGCCUUAAAUUUGCACCUGAGCUGCUCAGUCAAGAAUUGAGAAGCACUAGUCAAAGCCAAAGAGCAGCCUCCACGCUGGGCUGACUCAGUCCCAAGGACGUCACCUGAGACCCAUACUGCCUGUUUAAUGGCUGCUGCUGAACCUCCUCCAGGCUCAAUUUACCCCGAUCACAUCACCUGCAACAGAGGGCAUGAAAUGAAUUCUGCUUGUGUCAGCAGCUGUUGCUCCUGAGCCACCUUCACACAUGCCCACACAACCAAUGAUGAGACAGCCUGUUAGGAAGGGAACAAAAGAGAGUCUGCCCGUUAGCAACAAGACAGUGUUAUAUUCUACCCCUAGUUUGAGGGACCCCCCCCAAAAGCCCAGAGGCUCCAGCCUAUGUGAGACAGGUUUUAAGGUGGGUACAGACAAAAUAACUCUUCAUUUCUUUGCCAGAAUUGUUGGGAAAAAAAUUUGCCCCUACAUAAUCUCUAUGAAGGUUUCUGUUGUCUCCGUCUCUUGCCAUUUUGAGACAAAGCAUAGAGAGGAGAGAAAUUUGUAGAACUUUGCUCGUUACUUUUAUUAACACUCUUGGAAAUGGUGAUUACAGUUUUGAAAUUAAAAAAGAGGAGAGUUUUAUAUCUUAAGACAUUAACGGUUCAUCUUUCCCAAAGAGAUUCAACCCCAUACUUUUCCACUUAAAUCAUUGAGACUUCAGUAAUACUGAUGCAGAAUUUGCCAUUGUCUGUUAUCUAAACUUUGUAUUCUAUAUGAGAAUAAGGAAGAUGUUAUCUUAGAUUAUGAUAGGGCCUGACAGCUUUUUUCUCCAUCUUUAAUUGAAGACCAAAAC